GUCAAGGUGUAAGUUCGUUGGCGCUAAGCUGAGGGGGACUGUCGUGUUUCUCGUGCUGCGCUGGGGCCCACUGUGAGGAGAGCCGAGCGAGCUCCUGCUAUGCCAUGGAUGCAGUGACCUAUAAGGAUGUGCAUGUGAACUUCACUCAUGAAGAGUGGGCUUUGCUGGAUCCUUCCCAGAAGAGUCUCUACAAAGAUGUGAUGCUGGAAACCUGUGAGAACCUCACUGCUAUAGGCUACAAAUGGGAAGAUCAGAAUAUUGAAGAACAUUGUCAAAGUUCUAGAAGACAUGGAAGGUAUAUCAUCUGUCACUCAGGAUACAAGCCAUGUGAUCCUAAGGGAUAUGGAAAGAAGCAAUGUACCUCUCUUUCUUCCAGAAAAAUUAGAAGAUAUAUAGUAGUUCCCACUAUGAGAAGACUUUGUAAAUGUGAUACAAGUGUACAAUUAAUUGGAUUUCCAACUGCAGUGGGAAUACAUCUACAUACUUACACUGGAGAAAAGCCUCAUGAGUACAAGGAAUAUGGAAAUUCUUCUGUUUGUCCUCGUUCAUGUUGCACAUGUAAUGUGACUCACACUACAGGAAAAUUUUAUGAAUGCAAUCAAUGUCUUAAAGCUCUGAGUUCUUCUAGCUCUCUUCAAAGUGAUGAAAAAACUCAUACGGGAAAAGGAUGCCAUAAAUGUGAGCAAUGUACUAAAGUCUUUAACGAUUAUAAGUAUCUUCAGACACACAAAAAAUCCCAUAAUGAAGAAGAAACCUAUGAAUGUAAACAACUUGAUAAAUUAUUUAGAUCUGAUUCCUCUUUUCAAUUACACCAAAGACCUCUUUUGAAAAUAAAACCUUAUGAAUAUAAUCAAGGCAAUAAAGACUUUGCAUAUUACAGUCAUCUUCAAGUACCCAGAACUCAUACUAAAAAGAAACAGUAUGAAUGUCAUCAAUGUGGAAAAGCCUUUGCACGUCCUAGUCAUUGUCAAAUACAUGAAAGAACUCAUACUGGAGACAAACCCUAUGAAUGUAGUCAAUGUGGCAAAGCCUUUUCACAGAACAGUCUUCUUCAGAGGCAUGAAAGAAGUCAUUCUGGAGAGAAACCCUAUGGGUGUAAUCAGUGUGGUAAAGCCUUUGCACGAAAAAGUCAUCUUCACCGGCAUGAAAGAAGUCAUGCUGGAGAGAAACCUUAUGAAUGUAAUCAAUGUGGUAAAGCCUUUGCACAUAACAGUCAUCUUCACAGGCAUGAAAGAAGUCAUUCUGGAGAGAAACCCUAUGGGUGUAAUCAGUGUGGUAAAGCCUUUGCUCAAAAAAGUCAUCUUCACAGUCAUGAAAGAAAUCAUACUGGAGAGAAACCGUAUGGAUGUAAUCAAUGUGAUAAAGCCUUUACAUGUUCAAGUAGUCUUAAACAACAUGAAAGAAGUCAUACUGGAGAGAAACCCUAUGAAUGUCAUCAAUGUGGUAAAGCCUUUACAGAUCCUAGUAGUCUUAAACAACAUGAAAGAUGUCAUACUGGAGAGAAACCCUAUGAAUGUAAUCAGUGUGGUAAAGCCUUUGCAAGUAAUGGCAAUCUUCAAAGGCAUGAAAGAAGUCAUACUGGAGAGAAACCAUAUAAAUGUUGUCAAUGUGGUAAAGCCUUUUCAACUCGCAGUUAUCUUCAAAUGCAUGAAAGAAAUCAUACUGGAGAGAAACCCUAUAAAUGUAAUCAAUGUGGUAAAGCCUUUGCACAGAAAGGUUAUCUUCAGAAACAUGAAAAAAAUCAUACUGGGGAGAGACCCUACAGAUGUAAUCAAUGUGGUAAAACUUUUGUACAUAGCAGUCAUCUUCAAAAUCAUGAAAGAAUACAUACUAGAGAGAAAUUUCAGGAGCCUAAUAAAAGAGGCACCAGGCAAAAACUCCAUCAUUUUGGAGAUGCCAGUACUAUGGGGUGUCCACCAAGACCAUCAGCAGUGGUGAAGUGGAACCAGUCAGAGCCUAGAAGAGAAGUUUUGUGUACUAUAGAGAGUGUAGCCAGAGAAGUGACCCAAACCCUGUGGAGAAGCCCUGAAGAUUGUGAGUGUGUCCCAGUUCUUGGAUGUUGAGUUAUUUAUACUGUCAGAGUUUGGUUUUGUUUUUUUCAGGUUGUGACUACCAUGCUUCUUUCUUGAAGGGAAAAGAUAUUUAAUUUUGACUUUUUACAAGUUGAAAGAAUUUUUAAUAUGUUUGAAUUUGUAAAAAUUGUGGGACAUUUAUUAAAGUUAUUUGUGUUUUUAAUGUGAGAGCUUGUGAAUGAAUAAGAAAGGAAAGGUUGUGGCUUUUUUUUUUUUUGAGAGAGUUUUUUUUUGAGAGUUUCUCUGUGUAACAGUGCUAGCUGUCCUGGAACUCACUUUAUAGACCAGGCUGGCCUCAAACUCACAGAGAUUGCCUGCCUCUGCCUCUCAAGUGCUGGGAUUAAAGGCAUGUGCCACCAUUGCCCAGCUUAAGGUUGUGGCUUAAUAGGGAUGUGUUUCUGUGUCAAGUUGACAAGUGAUCAAUUAUACUGGCUAGUCUUGCAUCAACUUCACAUGCAAACUAGAAUUAUCUGAAAAGAGGGAAACUCAAUUGAGAAAAUACCACCAUAAGAUCUGGCUGUAAGUCAUUUUCUCAAUUAGUGAUUCAUGGGGAAGGGUUCUGGGAUCUAAAAGAAAACAGGCUGAGUAAGCCAUUGAAAGCAAGCCAGUAAGCAGUACCCCUCCAUGGCCUCUUCAUCAGCUCCUGCCUCCAGGUUCCUGCCCUGUUUAGAUUUCUGUCCUGACUUCCUUCAAUGAUGAACAGCAAUAUGGAGGUGUAGAUCAAAUAAACCCUUUCCUACCCAGUUUGCUUUUUGGUCAUGGUGUUUCAUUGCCAAAAUGCUAACAAAGACAUCCUGUCUCAAGAAAUCCAAAAAAAGGGGUUAUGGGCAGAUGACUUGGCAAUUAAGAACACUGACUGUCCUUCCAGAGGACGUAGUUUCAAUUCACAGCACCCACGUAGAAAUUUACAACUGUCUGUAAGUCCUAUUCCAGGAUAUCCAACAGCUUCACACAGACAUACAUACAAACAAAACACUUAUGCAUGUAAAAUAAACUGUUAAAAAAAAGAACAUAUCAUAUUAUGGAACUUUCUCUAAUGUAAUCUGGACUUAUCUCUACUCAACUAAAUCUUUUGUUGUCUUCAGUCACAUCAAGAGAACUGUGUUAACAAUUACAAUAAAAAGCAAUGUGCAGAGUCCAUUCACAGAGGGAUAGAAAUCCAUUCAAGCCUUCAAUAACCAAAUACCAGGGUAUUUCAUCACCUCCAUGUGAUAGAAGACAGAAAGUAAUGACACAUUUUCAUCUUCUACACUAUAAUGACAUAUUUGGCAGUUGGGGAUUUGAUUCAGUUGUAGCACUGCUGUUGGGUACCUAAGUUUGGUUCCUAGAACCCAUAUCAGAUGGCUCAAAACUACUUAUAAAGCCUUGUCCUGAAGAUCUGAUGUACUCUUCUGGCUUCCUUGGCCACCAGGUAUGCAAAUGGAGCAAAGAUAGAUAUGUGUGUGUAUGACUAUAGUUUAAAAGUGCUUUUUUUGUGUAUAUGUUGUAUUUUUUCCUAAAAUUAAAAUUAAUUUAGGUGUUAUGUCAGAACACAGUCCUUGAAAGGAGUCAUUUGAGGAGAAUUUGGAUGUUUAUGUUAGCAGUCCAAGAAAACAGGCAAGACUCUUGUGACCUCAGUUUCUUCAAAGCCAGGAAUUGUUAUGGAAUGUUUUUUUUUGUGCUCCCAGGUGUAUCGGGUGUGAAUUGACUUCAGAUUUUUUUAAAAAAAAUUUUAAGAUUUAUUUAUUAUGUAUAUAAUGUUCUGCCUGCGUGUAUUCUACAGGCCAGAAGAGGGAACCAGAUCUCAUUAUAGAUGGUUAUGAGCCACCAUGUGGUUGCUGGGAAUUGAACUCAGGACCUUUGGAAGAACAGCCAGUGCUCUUAACUGCUGAGCCAUCUCUCCAGCCCUGACUUCAGAUUUUGUAUACAACUUGACACACAAAAACAAUUCCCUAUUAACCCACUUCAAUACUCAGUAUUGCUUGCUAUUGUUAUUCAAUUAAAUGUUUGAAUUAUCCUUUAUAUACUUUUAUGGAAAAACAUUUUUGUUCCAUGUAACUUUUUUUUUUAAUCAUUGUAUACUUAUUAAACUCAUGAGAACUUUACUCAUCUUACCUUUCUUAAUCCGCAGAAUAUAAAUUGUCUGGGGCACUGAAUAAAGUUGGCUAUUGUAUGAGA